UCGAAAACGAAGGGAUGUAUUUAAGUUGAUAGCGACUAAUUGUAGCCACCCUGUAUUGUUGGGAAUUGGCUGGGUAGUGUUCUAGCAGUUGCCUAUUUGUAGUCAUAAUGUGUUUCCUAACUUUACAUUUUGUCUGCAAAGUUGACGUAUUCUUACGAGUUUCUCCAAAUAAUUCGGAUAAGAUUUAGCGACACGCAGUCGGACGGAACACGAGCAUACUAGCGCCGAAUGCAGAAGUAGUACUAUCACUAAUCGCGAAUUUCGACCAGCAGCUAAAUAUAAAUUGUAUGCGUCACGUAAGGGAGGGUAGUUACGAGUUUGAACUUUGAAGACUGUUGUAACACAGCACGAUGAGUGAUUUGUGUGCUGUUCCGGCUAUUGCGGAGUCUCCUGAGAUCAAACUCUUCGGGAAAUGGAGCACUGAUGAUGUGCAAAUCAGUGAUAUGUCUCUGCAGGACUAUAUUGCUGUAAAAGAGAAGUAUGCAAAGUACCUUCCACACUCUGGGGGCCGCUAUGCAGCAAAGCGUUUCCGCAAGGCACAGUGCCCCAUCGUCGAACGCCUCGCCAACGCCAUGAUGAUGCAUGGCCGCAACAAUGGCAAGAAGCUAAUGACUGUACGCAUUGUGAAGCACUCCUUUGAAAUCAUUCACCUGCUUACAGGAGAGAACCCCCUUCAGGUUCUAGUAAAUGCCGUGAUCAGCAGUGGACCCCGUGAGGACUCUACUCGCAUUGGCCGUGCUGGAACUGUGAGGAGACAGGCUGUGGAUGUCUCACCUCUACGAAGAGUCAACCAGGCUGUUUGGCUGCUGUGUACAGGUGCCAGAGAAGCUGCUUUCAGGAACAUAAAAACUAUUGCAGAGUGUCUCGCUGAUGAGCUCAUUAAUGCAGCUAAGGGUUCAUCAAAUUCAUAUGCCAUUAAGAAGAAAGACGAGUUGGAAAGGGUGGCAAAGUCCAACCGUUAAAUAUGCUGUCCCUUUCUAUGACUGCAAGAAAUAAAAUUGGCAAAAACGUC